AUGGCCCUCUUUGAUCUUGAACAAAAGGGUGAUGAAUCUGUGUCCCAAUUUUUACAACAUGCCAAGUCCAUCGUUGUCGAGCUCUCUGCCGCCGGCCAUCCUCUUCGUCCAGCUGCCUUUAAUUUACACAUCUAUCGGGGUCUCAAGUCCAACUUCAAAGCUAUGGUGUCCUCUCUUCUUACCCGGACAGACCCGAUAAGUUAUGAUGAUUUGCAUGCCAUGCUAUUAAGCCAUGAGUUUCUCCAUGGUGCUUCUCUGAAGAAGCUCUCCAUAUCUGAUGCAACGCCUGCUGCCAGUCAGCCCAUUGCCCAUAAUGUACAGCGCUCCACUCCAUCCGGAACCCCUGGUUUUUCUUCACCAAACCAGGGUGGCCGUGGUGGGCAUGGUGGCCGUGGCAGAGGUUUUCGCGGGGGACGUGGAGGUCCCAAUCAGGGUUAUGGUCGGUUCUGA